UUGUUGUGCGCUCGUUAGGAUGUGCGUCAAAAGGGUCGCGUCCUGUGUGUGUAACGUCGUCGUAGUUGUCGUCGUCGUCCCGCUGUAGUCGUCGUCCUCGUCGUUUUCCAUGUCGCGCGCGCGAGUUAAACGCCAGCAAAAGCAUCAACUUGCUUGUCAAAAUUUUAUCAUUUAUCACAAUUACCGUUAAAAAGACGGCUAUAUAGUGUGUGUUGCUUUUUUGAUUGCAUGCAAAUGCGAGUGAUUUUAUGCAGCUGAAAGUUAUGAAGAAGUAAAGAAAUUUUGUGCGAGAAAAGUUAAGAAACGAGGGAAAUUUUUUGAUAGUGAAAAGUGUUGUGGAAAGUGCGUGAUGAACAAAGAAAAGCUGACAAACAUUUUUUUAUACAUAAAAAAUUAUAUAUCUUAGUGUUUAAAGCAACGCUUGGUGAUAAAAAAUAAAAAAAAAAAUCUUACACAGAGUGCUUUUAAUGUAGUGUACUCUUAGGCGCAAAAUAAAAUUGCUAUUUGUUUGUGCCACAGCUGCAACUUGUGCGCUAGUAAAAAGCCGUAAUCCAGCUAAGCAGAUGCUAUGCAGCCGAUAAUGAGAAGAUUCUGAGAACACUAACGGAAAAAAACGCAUUAGCAAUUAAAUGAAAUGCCAUUCAUAAAAAGUUGUUGUAAUACAUUAAACGCCUAAACAGCUUAGUGAAGCGAAAAACGGACGAAAGAAAAGACAAAUAAAUUAAUUUGUCAAAUACGAUUACAAAAACAGUAGGAAUCAUUAGAUUACAAACAAAGUAAAAACAAUAAAGUGAAACUCGAGUAGAAGCCCUAAAAACAUAACAAAAACAAACAACUUAAAACGGGCACUGCCACAAAUAACGUCAGCACAAGCAGGAGCUACAAAAAACGUGGAAGUGGAAAUAAAAUUAAAAAUUGAAAAAAAAAAGAUUUCACCUAUUCAAGGAAGAGGCAUUUUAAGUGCCCACUCAAGUACGCAUAGUAGCACCACCGUUACUUUGGUGGCCAACAGCGAACCUCGAACACCCACAACUACCAGACCCACACAUAAAAGCCGCCAGAAGCACGCAACAGUGUGUGUUUGUAAGUGCCGCAUGUGCGUGCGUGUGUGUGCGUGAGUUGCCACUUCGCAUCUAGCCAAUAGCCAAUUGAGCAGCAACAAAACGUCGUUACAACAACAACAGCAACAAGAUGACGCUACGCAUUUCGGCGAAAUAUAAAAAUCAUCUCGGCCUCAUCAUUUAUGGUUUUGCUGCGCUGUUGCUGCUGCUGACAGCAGCGCCGUUGGGCAGUCAAGCGGGCCGCAUAUUUGAUGUAACAAAUUUAGAAUAUGUGAACGUCGUCGCCGAAGCAGGCAAGAAUGUAACGAUUCUCUGUCCGGGCGUUUCGGAGCACUCGCUGGUCGAUACUUUGGUCUGGAAGACCUCUACAACAACAAUAGCGCAGUUCGCUAAUCGGAUACAACAUUUACAUAGUCCAAGAAUUCAACUUCUUUCGGACAAUUUUGGUCUACAAUUUAAUCCUGCCAUUGCCAGCGAUACCGCUGAAUAUUUUUGCCUCGUCAAUGAUCGUCAUAUACCGGAGGCGAUUGUGGAUCUGCUGGUGCAAGACGUUCCCGAUCCACCAGAGCGACCUCUGCUAAUUAGCUUCACAUCGCGUUCUGUGAAUCUCUCCUGGGCGCACUCUCAGCAUCCACGCAAUGCACCAGUGACGCAUUUCGUUAUUGAAACCCGAGUCGGUGAGAAUGGACCUUGGGAUCAAGUACCCCAAAUUUUAACCAAAUCAAAUCAGACAUCAUAUCAAGUCACCGCGCUAAUACCCUUCACCGUUUAUAGCUUUCGCUUGCUGGCGGUGAAUAAGUUGGGUAUAAGCGCACCGUCCAAGGAAUCCUACUACAUUGUCACACUGCGCGAGGCUCCAACUGGCAAACCAAUACCAACGACCGCCCACAAUACCUCGUCCACAUCGGUGUAUAUAUCGUGGAAACCACCGCCAGCCGACACAAUACUCGGCGAAUUUCUCGGUUAUCGCAUAACAUAUCGACCACGAGAUCGCAACGACACCAAAGAGAUUUACAUACGCGACAGCACCGUCGAGAGUCAUGAAAUUACAAAUCUGGAGACAUAUACGCAGUACAAAGUCACCGUGCAAGUGUUCAAUCCGGAAGGCUUGGGGCCGGAAACCACCAUACUGGUCAUGACCGAUGAAGGAGUGCCAAGUAAACCAUUGAAUUUAACCGUUUUGAAUGUAACAUCGACCAGCAUCACUAUGUCAUGGUAUCCACCAAAAAAUCAAAAUGGCGCCAUUGCUGGCUACCACGUCUUUCAUAUACACGAUAAUCAGACUGGUGUGGAAAUUAUGAAGAACUCACGCAACUCGCAGGACUCCCUCAUCAUUUUCGAGCUGCCUAACUUAAAGCCAUUCACCGAUUACCGUGUCAUUGUCCAGGCGUUCACCAUGAAAAACGAAGGCAACCCCUCCGACCAAAUUGUACAGCGCACCGAUGUCGCCGGCCCGAGUCCACCGUAUGUGGUUAACCUGACGUGUCACUCGCAGGACGCCAUUGCCAUACGCUGGCGGCGACCGCACGAAUUUUACAACACCAUCGAUUUUUAUAUAAUUAAAACACGUGUGGUGGGCCAAGACAACCAUCGCGACAUACGCAUCAAUGCGUCGGCAAAGGAGCUGGAAACAGCGAUGAUACUACAAAAUAUAACAACACACACGGAAUAUGAAGUCAGAGUUGCAGCUGCAACUCUAAGCAUAAUAAAUCCAAAGAAAAUCGUACUGGGCAAAUAUUCCGAACCGAGAAAGAUUUCCUUACAUCCCAACUGUGAAAAGAUUCAAUCACUACUACGUCAAUCCCACAAUGAUUAUAAUCUCGCUGUACUUGUCGGCAUCAUAUUCAGCUGCUUCGGCAUUGUGCUCAUCGUAAUGGCAUUCUUCUUGUGGAGCAGGAAAUGCUUCCAUGCCGCCUACUACUACUUGGACGACCCGCCACACCAUCCUAACUUGCCGCAAGUCGACUGGGAGGCACCCGUCGAGGUGGCCGGUGAGAUACGCGCCGCUGUGCCGGUCAACGAAUUCGCCAAGCAUGUGGCCUCGUUGCAUGCCGACGGCGAUAUCGGCUUUAGUCGCGAGUACGAGGCGAUCCAAAACGAGUCGAUUGAUGAUUUACCCUGUGAACAUUCCCAGCAUCCAGAGAACAAGCGCAAAAAUCGCUAUCUCAAUAUAACAGCCUACGAUCACAGUCGCGUACACCUGCAUCCCACGCCCGGACAGAAAAAGAAUCUUGACUACAUUAAUGCCAAUUUCAUUGAUGGCUAUCAGAAAUCGCGCGCCUUCAUCGGCACGCAGGGUCCACUGCCAGACACGUUCGACUGCUUCUGGCGCAUGAUUUGGGAGCAGCGUGUGUCCAUAAUUGUAAUGAUUACCAAUUUGGUGGAGCGCGGUCGUCGAAAAUGCGAUAUGUAUUGGCCGAAGGAUGGCGUCGAGACUUAUGGUGUUAUACAAGUGAAAAUGGUCGAUGAGGAGGUUAUGUCCACCUACACAGUGCGUACGCUACAAAUCAAGCACUUGAAGGUAAAACAGUUAAAGAAAAAGAAGCAAUGCAAUGCGGAGAAAAUCGUCUAUCAGUACCACUACACAAAUUGGCCCGAUCACGGCACACCCGAUCAUCCACUGCCAGUGUUGGACUUUGUGAAGAAAUCCUCCGCUGCGAAUCCCGACGAUGCGGGUCCCAUUGUGGUGCACUGCAGUGCCGGUGUUGGUCGUACGGGCACCUACAUCGUCUUGGACGCCAUGCUUAAGCAAAUACAACAGAAAUUAGUCGUAAACGUAUUCGGUUUCUUACGACACAUACGCAUACAGCGUAAUUUCCUCGUACAAACCGAGGAGCAAUAUAUAUUCAUACACGAUGCGCUCGUCGAGGCGAUUGCCUCGGGCGAAACAAAUUUGCGUACCGAGCAAAUCGAAGAACUGAAGAACUGCACACCAUAUCUGGAGCAGCAGUACAAAAAUAUUAUACAAUUCCAAACGAAAGACAUACACAUUGCAUCUGCGAUGAAGCAGGUGAAUUCGGUGAAAAAUCGUGGUGCCAUAUUCCCCAUUGAGAGUAGUCGUGUCCAUCUGACGCCCAAACCGGGCGAGGAGGGUAGCGAUUAUAUAAAUGCGUCGUGGCUGCACGGUUUUCGGCGUUUACGUGACUUUAUCGUCACACAACAUCCGAUGUCGCAUACCAUGAAAGAUUUCUGGCAAAUGGUGUGGGACCAUAAUGCGCAGACCAUUGUACUGCUGUCGUCGCUCGAUGAGAUUAAUUUCGCACAAUUUUGGCCAGAUGACACGCAACCCAUCGAAAGCGAUUACUAUCGCGUCAAAUUUCUACGUAAAACGAACAAAAGCGAUUAUGUUAGUCGUGAUUUUGUCAUACAAUCGAUACAAGAUGACUACGAGCUAAAUGUGAAAAUGCUACACUGUCCCAGUUGGCCGGAGAUGUCGAACCCGAAGAGUAUUUACGAUUUCAUUGUUGAUGUACACGAACGUUGUGCCGAUUACCGCAAUGGACCAAUCGUCGUUGUGGAUAGAUAUGGCGGCGCACAGGCGUGCACCUUCUGCGCUAUCUCGUCCCUGGCGAUGGAAAUGGAAUACUGCAGCACGGCGAGCAUUUACCAGUACGCGAAGCUGUACCACAACAAGCGGCCGGGCGUUUGGACCUCCAGCGAGGACAUACGCCUAAUUUACAAUAUACUCUCGUUUUUGCCACGCAACCUGCAACUGCUCGAACGCACAGCGUUGCGCACGGAAUUCGAGGAUGUGACAACGGCCACGCCGGAUCUCUACAGUAAAAUCUGUAGCAAUGGUAAUAUAAAUGCCCAACAAAAUUGUAAUAAUUUGGUCUAUCAUAAUCAUAGUAGUAGCGUAAACCAUAGUAAUAGUAUUAGUAAUACAAAUGUGCUAAAUGCAAAUGCUUGUAACAAUACCAACAACACCACCACAAACAAUCUGAAUACAAAUUAUACAACAAACACUAUAACAACAACAACGACGACUGCUACAGCAACUACACCAACAACGAUUGAUACUAGUGGUGGCAACAUAACACCACCAGCAACGCUGACGCCCACCACGAGUGCAAAUAGUUUACAAUAUCAACAACAACAACACCAACAAUCACCACAGCAACAACCUCAUUAUGCAUCACAACACAUGCAGUCGCUCAAUUCAGUACAGUCACCAACAACAACAACAAACAACACACCAGCAACAUCCAACUCAAAGACAGCAACACCAUUACCACCACCAUCAUCAUCAUCAUCAACCACAACACCAACAAUCUCAACAUCACCAGCCGCACCACUAGCAUCAAUAACGUCAAACAAUAAUAGUACGGCUAUGUUUACAACAACAACAUCCGAUUUGACCAAUCUGACGACCAACAGCAACAUCAGCAACAACACUAACAAUUGUAAUGCUAAUCUAAUUGGUAAUGCUAAUUAUAAUGAAAAUUUCGCUAAUACUAAUACUACUACUAAUGCCUACACUACUGCCACCACCAACACCAACACCACUAACCAACAUAAUACAAUACCCUAUUGUGUAACCCCCAAUAUGAAUGCAAACACCAACACCAACACCAAUACCACUUUCACCACCAACACCGAAUCCGUUUCCACAAAUCAUUAUAUAACAAAUACAACAACACCCACUUCCAUUGCUGCUAUUUCCACUAAUGGUGAACGGUUUUCUCUUGUAAAUAAUUUGGAACAACAACAACAACACCAACACCUUAAUGAACAACUACAACAACAACCACACCAAUAUGAACCAACUCAUCUGCACCAUCACCAUAACCAACAACAACAACAACAACAACCAUCACAACUAACUUCGUUAACUGACGCCGUCGGCGAACUGCAAUUGCAUGGCACAAAUGGUAAUUCAAACCUUACAACACCAACAACAACAACUAAUGGCAUCGAUUGUUACGCAACAACAAUGGCGCUACCGCCACCACCACCCGCUUUCGACAAUGAACCGGAUUUGGCUCUACAACAACAACAACGACAACAAAUGCAUCAACAUCUGCAACAACUACAACACGACCACCAACUGGAUCCGCUAAAUUCGAACGCUGACGCGAACGCUUCAAUGAUAUCAACGCCCUGUUCGGAUGACAUAAUUGAUGGCCUAACACCACUGUUACCCCCGCCACCGCCACAAUACCCCAACAACGCCUAUGCAAAUAACACUUGCAACAUGGCUGUUGUUAACGCCACCACGCCGUUAACAAAAUCCUCUUCCAACACUUCUUUAUCUUCUGCAAACGCAACGAUUAAUUUCAAUGGUAAUGGUUACGGUAAUGGUAACGGGAAUAAUAAUCAAAUCCAAUUGCAUGGUAAUGGUAACGGUUUAUUAAAUGCUACUAAUACUAAUACGAAACAAAUGACAAAUCUAACAACAACUAAAGCAGCGACUGUUACAGAUGCUCAAAGUUUAGAUAUUGUAGGUUAGAAUUACAAAAAGUAAACAAACAAAACAAAAAUUAAAUAUAAAUAUAUAUGUAUAAAUAUAUUAAAUUAAACGUACAUACGUAUAAAUAUGCGUAGCAGUUAAGGGUAGCUAUUAAGGAACAAGUGAAAUUUAUAAAUAGACUAACAAAUUAUUUUUAUGCAAAUUACAAUUAAAAAAGAAUAAAAACAGCAAAGAGAAUGAAAAUGAAAAUGAAAAAGAAAAUUCGCAAAUGCUCGCGAGCCUAUGUAGGCGUGAUUGUAAAUUUUUCAACGAAAACGGCAGUCAACUGCUGAUUAAAUAACAGUAUAUACAAUUGCACUCCACAUGAGCAACACUGUUGCGUAAGCGAGCAGUAAACCUUUACUGAAUAUUUAUUUUGAGUAAUAUUUUUAAGUAAUUACUGUUUAUGUAUAAGCAUUUGUUUAUGCUAGAAAUUUUCUAAAAAUAUUUUUAUGCUAUAUUUAUUACAAUUAACUGUCUAACUGUCAUAUAUUUAUGUAUAAAAUAAAUUAAUUUAGUUUCAGUAAUUUAUUAUGUACGCAUUGGGAUUGUCCUACAAGUUUGUCGCAAACUUUUCAAUAUUCUUUCGCCAUGUAAAUGGUUAAAAAAAAUAAAGUAACUAAGCCCAUUUAUACCACGUAUUUAUAAUUGUCUUUAAAUAUAUUGUUUAAAUUUUAAAUAUAAUGUAAGCAAAGCAUGUGUUAAAAUUAUGUUUUGUCAAGAAUAUUUUCUUACAAAUGAUUUUUAUCCCGUAUCUUCGUACACACACCCAGUCUUAGUCUUAUGAGCGAAUGUAUACCGAGCAAAAUACAAAAGAGAAAUUAUUAAAAAAUAAAUUAAUAUAUUUAUAUUUAAUUAUCAACAUCACAAGCGUUUGAACGCCUACCAUUGUAUAGUCAUAAUUCACAAACAAAAAACACAAACAAAAAUAAAAUAAAAUCCAUCUCAUAUGUUAAAUAAAUAAUAAUACGAAAAAUAUAUAUAUGCAAAUUAAAAAAAUGAUUAUCCAACAACUUUAAA